AUGAGAUUUGCGAAGACGAUGCAAAUAUACUUUGACUCCUCUUUAUGUCUUUCGCUUUACCAUCCUACUAAACUCGAAGUAGUAAACCUUAGUGAGACAUUUUAUAUAUUUUUUAAUAAAAUCUUAGUCAACGAAAGGCCAAUGGAGCUUGAAAUACAAGUCGCUGUUAACUUCCUCAUCGGGUACCUCGUCAAUAAACUGCCACGUCGAAGAGUACAGCUUUUUAACGAGGAGGUUGUGAAGAAACUGACGAAGAAAUUUGAAGGCCAUUGGUACCCCGAAAAACCAUGUAAAGGAAGCGGAUACCGUUGCCUCCUUAUAACUGACAGCCUAGAUCCUGUAUUGAGUUCUGCUGCAGAAGCAAGCGGACUUAGCGCAAAGGAUGUGAAAGCCAAUUUGCCGGAAAAGCUCUGUCUGUGGAUCGACCCACAAGAAGUAUCCUUCAGAAUCGGUAAGUGCUGUUUGAGCCCAAGGCUAAAGGGAUUUUAUUUCGCAGCGACUGUUCUUAGAUUUUAAAUGGUAUUUUCUGACAAGUUUCGUUACCCUUUGUUUUUUACUCUUUGAAGGGAUUAUUCUUUGGUUGAUAUUGCGAAAGGGAUAUUUUAGAACGCGUUCGAAUACUCGAUUGAAUAGAGUCACGUAGGGUAACUGCAUGCGUAAGCAAAUAUGAAUCCACACGUCUCGAGUUUGCUAAGGACUUGCUUCGGUAAGCAUUUUCUUUAGAAGGUCAGGUUCUUUUAAAAAGAGAUCCUGUCAGAUAAUCCCAUUUCGUUGUGAUCAGACUGUAACCUCGAAAAUCAAUUUUCCUGGCAAAUUAUCGCCCACGCGUGUACCUUCUACCAAAUGUCUUCUUGGUUGUGUAUGCAUGACUAAUGUUUCUUUUCAUUUGUUCUUCGUGUAGGCGAACAAGGGUCCGUGAAGACGAUCUAUAAAGCUGAAAAGAAACCUGAAGCAAUCUGUGACGAAACCACUCGCUGGGUGAACCUUUUAAAUGGCCACAACAGCGGUAACUCAAACAGCCCAGUUCCAUUCCGUAGUCAAAGCCCUCCAAGAAUCAUGGCGGACCGCUCUUCUCCUGUGUUGUCAUCCGCUUCCAGUUCUUCACCAUCACCUCCCUUGUACAACUCACAAUACAUGCCUUACAAUAGCUGGAGCGCAGCAGAGGAGUCUUCUUUGUUUAAAUUCAGGGCGAAAAGAGCUUCUCCGACAUCUCUGUCGCCAAACGCGAAAGAGUUCAACUAUCGGACCCCGUGGGACAACUUCAACUAUGGAGCACAACAAAACAGUGGGCUGGAUACCACUCGUGGCGCGUUCAUUUCUUCUUCUUUUUUAGACUGGUUUAAUUACAACGAGAUUGGAAAUUUCAACACUGCUGCCCAGCUACCAAUAUUAGCCUGAAAAAUGUUAAGUGUUGGGUGUGCGGAGUUAUACAUUGCAAUUUGAAAAGGUGUUAAAAUAAUAUUUGUAUAGAUAACCA